UGGUCGACAGCUCAGGCUGCUCUGGACGGGACUUGUGACAUAUGAGCGUUGUCAAGUAUGCCCAAAGUAUGCCCAUGAUCAGAUGAAUCAGAACACGAGAACAGCUCAAAUGUCCAUGGGAUUCGCGCAUACAUGGUCUGUGGGAGGCGCACUUCCUCUUCUCGCGCUCCCGUUAUCGUCUCUUGAACAGUAUACCAGCACUUGGCCAUCAUAUAUGCAGCCCGCUUAUUAGUGAAACAGUGUUUUCUGAGUCCCCCCACGCCUACUCCCAUACUUACGGUACCAUGCCAGGAGACAUACCAGCACCGCCCAUGACGAACGGGCAGGCCUCAGAAAGCGGCUUCAAGCUGGGCGACUUUUCCAUCGACGAGCAUAAGCCCAUCAAGGUCGUUUGCAUCGGAGCGGGCUUCAGCGGGAUCAUCGCAGGAAUAAGGUUCCCACAACGUAUACCCAAUGUCGAGCUCACGAUCUACGACAAGAAUGCCGGUGUAGGCGGGACGUGGUUCACGAACAAGUAUCCGGGCCUGGCGUGUGACAUACCCGCACACUGCUACCAGCUCACCUUCGAGCCCAAGACCGACUGGUCGGCCUUCUACGCCCCCGGCCCCGAGAUCCGCAGCUACCUCCAGUCCGUCGUCGACAAGUACAAGCUCAUGCGCUACAUCAAGCUCCAGCACCGCGUCGUGCACGCGCGGUACGACGAGCCCUCCGGGAAGUGGCACCUCCGCAUCCGGCGCCCGCUCGACCCGCGCGUCUCCCCGGCCUCCCCGCCCCCGCCCAACGCUCCUCCCGCGCAGGUGGGCGCGGACGAGGAGGGGGCGUACGAGGAGUUCGAGGACACCGCGGAUCUGCUGUUCACGGGCGUGGGCAGCUUGAGCAGGUGGAAGUGGCCUGUGAUCGACGGGCUGAAGGACUUUGAGGGCAAGCUGUUCCACACGGCAGACUUUGAGGUCGGGGACGGGGAGCAGGCGUGGCAGGAGGCCAUACACGACUGGAAGGACAAGCGCGUCGGCGUCAUCGGCGUGGGCUCGAGCGCGAUCCAGAUCGUGCCGGCGCUCCAGCCGAGAGUGAAGAAAAUCGUGAAUUUCGUGCGCGGCAGGACGUGGAUCGCCACGCCGUUCUCGGGCGCGAAGAUGGCGGAGCUCAUCAAGCGCGAUCCCGAUGUGGAGAACUAUGUGUUCACGGACGAGGACAAGGAGCGCUUCAGAGACCCGGAGUAUUAUAAACAGUUCAGGCACGAGCUGGAAGCUGACUUGAACAGCGUGCAUCCCGCGACGAUUAGGGACAGUGACGCCCAGCGUGCUGGGCGCGCGGCGUUCCAUGCGCAUAUGAAGAAUAAACUCACGAAGAAGCCGUGGAUCGCUGACUUCUUGAUACCAGAGUUUGGGGUUGCUUGUCGGCGACUGACUGCGGGGCCUGGAUACCUAGAAUCGCUCUGCGCAGAUAAUGUCGACUUCCAGCCCACCCACAUCAAACACGUCACCGCCAACGGCAUUGAGCUAGUCGACGGCACGCACGAAGAGCUCGACGUCCUCAUCUGCGCGACAGGCUACGACUACUCCUUCCAGCUCGACUUCCCCAUCGUCGGCCGGGGCGGCGCCACCAUCCAGGAUAAGUGGGCCCCGCACCCGUCGACGUACCUCGCCGUCUGCACGGACGGCUUCCCGAACUGGUUCAUGAGCCUCGGGCCCAACAGCGGCGUGGGCAGCGGGUCGCUGCUGGCGCUGAUCGAGCGCCAGGUGGACUAUGCGGUCGCCGCGGCGCGGAAGAUGCAGCGGGAGCGGCUGAAGAGUGUCGAGGUGAAGAAGGAGGCUGUGGCGGACUUCGAUGAGUACCUAGAGCACUACUUCCCGAACACGGUGUACAGCGAGAAGUGCAGGUCAUGGUACAAGAUGGGCAAGGAAGAGGGCAGAGUCGUUGCGCUGUGGCCGGGCUCGUGUCUGCAUGCCGUCCGAGCCCUCGAACAUCCCAGGUGGGAGGACUUCCAGUACGAGCUCCCGGAUGGCGUCAAGAACCGCAUGCACUGGCUCGGGGACGGGCAGACGUACAAUGAGAAGACCAUGACGGGCGACAGAGCGUGGUAUUUGAACGACGAUCAGGUCGACUUCCCGCCUGUGCCGGCCGACGAGCUUGUACAGUGACCGACAGCAGUCCUCGCCAUGUUCUCCUACGCAUCGUACAACAUCGACAACCAUGGUGAUUGCGACAUAUCGUAAGUCAUAUGUAUCAACACAGAAUAGACAAGGUUCCUAUAUGUAAGGGACUCCAAGUCAA